ACCUGGUUAAAAUUUUCCGAGAACAAUAUAUAAGAAGCAAUGGCUUUUUUGCUUUCAAUUUAUCUGCAGCUGCCAACCUCCUCUCGCAGAUAUGGCAAGAUGGAUACAGUCAACGACAAACAGCCUGAUUGCUUUAGCUGUGGGUCGCCGCAAAAACCUCGCUUUAAGACAGAGGAAGAAAAACGAAUCUCUUUUGGAGAAAAGUGGUUUCCGACCGUUUCAAAAUGCGACCAAAAGUACGACGAUCUGGGGAUCUAAGAUCCGUUUCCAGCUUAUGAGCUCUAUCCAUCGUGACAACUCCUUCGGUAAGGGGUCUAACAUGGACGAGCUUGAUCAAAUGAAUGACUCAGCUUCAGCAAGGGAAUCCGAUGAACGUCCCUCAGAUAUACGAAAGACCGGGGAAAAUUCAUUGCCCCAAAACCGCGAAAACCAACAAUUUCCAGAGCAGAAAGAUAGUAUGGAUCUAACGGUGACCGUGCACCUUGAGAUGAAGGGGGACGGAGAGCAUGUUCUGAAGAUCAAGGGGUUCAGUCCAAGCUCAACCGAAGAGGAUAACGUGGAAAGGGAAAAGCAAAUGGCUCAAAAGGCAGCGGUGUUGUUGCUUUACGGAGAGAUGCUUCAGGAAAUGGGAAAGAAAUGGCGUGCCCAGUUCCAGGCUUCGGAUUCUAGUGAAUGAAUGAGUCAUCUUUGAUUCUCUGUAGUAUUUUGUGUUAUAUUUUCCUUUCUGGUUUGCAGUUUCUUAUUUUGUGGAUCCUCUUCGAAGAAAUUAAAGCUAGGUAACUAAUGUUGUUUGUAGAAUAUAAUAAAUUUUACAAUAAAUUGUAAAACAAGCUAGAGAGAAAGAAUGAAAAAAAAGGCAAAAGAGAAAGGUGUGUGAGAUACAAUAAAUAGUGUGAUACAAACAAUGAGUAUCAUUGUAUAAGACUAUAAGUUGGUUGUGUCAAUAAUAUAAAUUUAAUAAAAAUACAGUUUCUUUGA